AUGUGUGGUAUCUUUGCCUGCCAUGGCCAUCCCUCCAUAGCCAGCUUUAAAGCCACUGCCCUGCAGUGUAUAAAAUGCCUCCGACACCGUGGCCCUGACUGGUCGGGAAACUGGACCGGAAAAAAUACCAUUCUCUGCCAUGAACGCCUUAGUAUCGUGGGCGUGGAUAGCGGCGCACAACCCUUGGUCAACGAUGAAGGCACUAUUGCUUUGGCCGUCAACGGCGAAAUUUACAACCACCGAAUAUUGCGCAAGCAUUUCAAGACUCCCUACAGCUUCAAGACCAACAGCGAUUGUGAGGUCAUCAUUCCUCUCUAUCAGGAAUACGACACAGAUGCGCCCAAGCACUUGGACGGCAUGUUCUCUUUCGUCCUCUACGACAUGAACCAAGACCGAACAAUCGCUGCGCGGGAUCCCAUUGGUAUCACCUCCUUCUACCUCGGUCGAUCAAGUCAAACGCCAGGAGCCGUGUUUUUUGCUUCCGAGCUUAAGGCCUUAGCUCCAGUGUGCGACGAUAUCAUAUCAUUCCCUCCGGGCCAUGUUUAUGAUUCCAAGACCGAUAUGAUCGCUCGAUAUUUCGAACCAACAUGGUGGGAUCCAACCAACGUCCCAACCACACCGAUUGAUUACAAGCUGAUUCGAAAGACGUUGGAAAAGUCGGUUCUCAAGCGACUCAUGGCUGAAGUGCCGUAUGGUGUUCUCCUAUCUGGCGGACUUGAUUCGAGUUUGACGGCUUCAAUCGCCCAGCGGGAAUCUCUUCGACAACGGGCACUCGCCAAUCGUCAAACCAACGGUCAGACCAAUGGCGUGGUAAACGGGGAAGUCAAUGGGUUCAAACCGCCAAAGGCUGGAACCAGGUUGGUGGGGAUUGACGAUGACGAUGAGUUGUCCACGGUCACAUCUCUACCUCAAUUGCAUUCUUUCUCCAUUGGUCUUCCAGACGCCCCAGAUACGAAAGCGGCCAUUGAGGUGGCCAAAUUUCUCGGUACCAAGCAUCACGACUUCACGUUCACCAUUCAGGAAGGACUAGAUGCUCUGUCAGAUGUCAUCUACCAUCUCGAGACGUACGACGUCACCACCAUUCGUGCCUCCACACCCAUGUAUCUGCUGAGUCGAAAAAUCAAAGCCAUGGGAGUGAAGAUGGUUCUGAGUGGUGAAGGAAGCGACGAAAUCUUUGGGGGUUACCUGUAUUUCCAUGCCGCUCCAAGCAAAGAAGACUUCCACAAGGAGACGGUCAGAAGAGUCAAGAAUCUCCAUCUUUCCGAUUGUCUGCGCGCCAACAAAUCGACAGCUGCGUGGGGGGUUGAGGCUCGAGUGCCUUUCCUGGAUAAGCAAUUCCUUGAGGUUGCCAUGAAUAUUGACCCGGCUGAGAAGAUGAUCACCAAAGACCGGAUAGAAAAAUACAUUCUCCGCAAAGCAUUCGACACAAGUGACGAACCGGAUGUGGACCCUUAUCUGCCAGAUCAUAUCUUGUGGCGCCAGAAGGAGCAAUUCAGCGACGGGGUAGGCUAUGGCUGGAUUGAUGCACUGAAAGACAACGCCGAGAUCAACGUGACAGAUGAAAUGAUGGAAAACCCCAAACCUGAAUGGGGCGAAGACGUACCAACUAACAAGGAAGCAUACUGGUAUCGAUUGAUGUUUGAUCAGCAUUUCCCCUCCUACUGUGCAUCCACGGUGAUGAGAUGGACACCAACCUGGUCCAAACUAACCGACCCCAGCGGCAGAGCCAUCCCCAUCCAUGUUGCGCGAUACGAUGAAAACGAGAGUGGUUCAUGA